AUGCGGUUUAAAGGAAGAAAUGUUGGAAAAUUUGCAUCAGGUCAACGUUUUGACAUGAUCAGAGAGAUAGUUCUGUUAUUUGUCAGCAUCGUCCUGGCUCUUCGAAUGGGUAGCAACUCUGCCAGAAAGUCUUCCGUUAAGCUGAACUUGGGACAAAUAACGGCCAUCCAUUACAAUGGAGCGCGAAAAAGCGUGAAAAUAAAGGAAUCAGCCCAAAACUACCUGAAAGGGUUUGAUGACGUACCUACUGGAAUGACCAACGUGAAGCAACCUGGAGGUUCCUUGACUGCUGCUGUUGGAGAUGGAAAAGUUGACGACACAUCUGCCAUUCAGGCAAUCGUCAACCACGUUGCAGGUUCAGACAACAACAAGGUUUUCUUUCCUCGUGGUAAGUACCUGGUCAGCCGUAAUAUUGCUAUCCGUGGCUCAGUGAAACUUCAUGGAACCCAGAGCGGUAUUGCAGUUAUCAAGGCGUGGACUCCAUACGCCAAAAAGAUACACAACGCUAAACCAGUAAAGCAUGUUUCCCUGAACUAUCUGUAUUUUGACGGAAUUCGUGUAGAAUUUGAUGGUGCAACCAAAGGGCCGUCAUCCACAAGUAACAUUACAAUAGAGAGCUGUGUAUUCUUUUCAUCGGGAAGUGCAAUUCCAGGCGACGGGAAGAGGAGACAACUAGUUAUGAUGAAUCUUGAGAACAGUGGUGUUUACAAAAACGUCUUUUUACGCGAUUCAGGUGCAUAUGGAGUUGCUUCAAGAUAUGCCAGCACUCUGGGCGUUGAGGUAACUGGCAACGUAUGUGGCCUCGAUUUAAAUAGUUUAGACUGGUUGUCCUCUCAAAUUGAGCCAGUAAACCAUUGGCGAACUCAAAAAAAGAAAUUACAAUAUCUUAAGACUCAUUACAAUCUUGAAUCUGACCAAGGCUUCUUUAAAAGUUGUCUUUAUAGCCAGUGCGAUAAAAGAAUGAAAAUAGCCAAAAACAUUUUGAACGGAAGUCCCAAUACCAGUCAGCAUAGAGAUCAUGCCAUGUACUUCAAAGGUUUUGAUACCCUGGAAGUAAAUAAUAACUACGUGAGUGGUUGGCCUUCGAAUCCAUCAGGUGGCAUCAAAGCUCGAAAUGGAAAAAAUCUUCGGGUUGUUCGUAAUUAUUUAGACGACACAAGUAUUUUAUUGUUUACGUACAGAAAAGCCAAGGCCUGUCUUCAUGAUGGUCUCAAGAACGUUACGGUCUACGGAAACCACAUCGUACAGCGAACAAGGCUUGGUGGACCAAAAAGCGGAGUAGGUUAUUAUGAGCCUCAUUACGCUGGAAAGGAUGUGAAUAUCAAGUAUUCUGCAAACGUAUUUGAGAUCGUUGGAGUCAGUAACUUGUCUCUGUUCGCAUGCAUUUGGCUGACGAAUGGCAAUUUGUCUCAACAUCACGUGUACAGAGACAACAUAUAUUAUGGAACCACGAUGUUAGUAACGAUUGAAGCGCGCAAUCGUAUUGCAACAUAUGAAACAGGGGAUAUAGACCAAGAAAUCAAAGAUCUGUACAACUAUACUGCAUAUAAACUGAACAUUCCACAUUAUCAACCCACCACACCUGAACAUCAGCAUCCAUAUUCUCCUAUCCUAUUCCACCAUUCUCUCUAUUUUUCUGCCAGUUACAUACCACCCCCCAAUACCCAUGUAUUUCCAUAA